CAAAGCCCUGCAAAAAAAUACUUGCGCAUGCGCCUCAGCGACCCACUACUGUUUGUCCGUUUCCAUGGCUACGAAGCCCAUCAGCGUGGACGAGUAAGAAAAUGAAGCUCAAGAGCCUCUUGCUUCGGUAUUACCCACCAGGAAUUAUGCUGGAAUACGAAAAAGGUGGAGAAUUAAAGACCAAAUCCAUAGAUUUGCUUGAGCUCAGUCCAAGUACCGAUGUCAACACCUUAGUAGAAGAAAUCCAGAAAGUGGAGCCUCUGAUCACGGUGUCUCGAACACAGCAAGUCAGACUCCUGGUCCAGCGGCUACAGGAGAAACUCAGGCAGCAUUGUGACCACAACUUCUACCUGUUCAAGGUUCUCAGAGCACACAUAUUGCCGUUGACCAAUGUGGCGCUCAACAAAGCAGGCUCCUGCUUCAUCACAGGAAGCUAUGAUCGGACAUGCAAGGUGUGGGACACUGCAUCUGGAGAGGAGCUGCACACGCUAGAGGGCCACAGGAACGUGGUUUAUGCCAUAGCCUUCAACAAUCCUUACGGUGACAAAAUUGCCACUGGGUCCUUUGACAAGACCUGUAAACUCUGGAGUGCAGAGUCGGGAAAGUGUUACCACACCUUCAGGGGCCACACGGCAGAGAUCGUGUGUUUAUCAUUCAACCCACAAAGUACAGUGGUUGCUACUGGAAGUAUGGAUACCACGGCCAAAAUAUGGGACAUUCAGAAUGGAGAGGAAGUGGUCACUCUAACAGGUCAUUUGGCAGAAAUCAUUUCCUUGUCAUUUGACACCUCAGGAGACAGAAUUAUCACAGGGUCCUUUGAUCACACAGUUGUAGUAUGGGAUGCCAGUACUGGAAGGAAGGUGCACACUUUAAUUGGCCACUGUGCGGAGAUCAGCAGUGCCUUGUUCAAUUGGGAUUGCUCUCUAAUACUGACAGGCUCCAUGGACAAGACCUGCAUGUUGUGGGAUGCUACAAGUGGGAAAUGUGUAGCAACCUUAACAGGCCACGAUGAUGAAAUACUAGACAGCUGCUUUGAUUACACGGGGAAACUUAUUGCAACAGCUUCUGCUGAUGGGACGGCAAGAGUUUACAAUGCAACCACAAGAAAAUGUAUAACCAAACUGGAAGGCCAUGAAGGAGAAAUCUCAAAGAUCUCUUUCAAUCCCCAAGGAAACCGACUCCUGACGGGCAGCUCUGAUAAGACAGCCAGAAUCUGGGAUGUUCAGACUGGCCAGUGCCUCCAGGUCUUGGAGGGGCACACCGAUGAAAUAUUUUCAUGUGCUUUCAACUAUAAAGGAAAUAUAGUCAUUACAGGUAGCAAGGACAAUUCCUGCAGGAUAUGGCGUUGACCGAAGGGCUUUGCUGUGGAGCACGGCUGUUGCCAACAGUGAUCAAGACCUUGAACUCCCAGAGAACAAGUGAGCCUAUUUCCUCUGCUUCCUUUUUUUGUACAACUCACCCAUGGAGCAGCCUGUCCUUCACCUACAGAGAUGACCGUGAAAACUGAUGAACUUACAUCAUUUCUUGAUGUUAUCUGAGGUGAUGACAGGAACAAGCAUAAUCUGUGGUAAAUGUCACUGAUUGUUUUAGUUGUGUUUUGUGUUUCAGUAGCAUCAGGAUACUGAUAAAUGGAGUCAGAGUGCCUUUACAGUACUUCUAGGUUCUAGAAUUUUCUAGUUUCUACCUGAAGGUUGAUGUUAUAGUUUCUCUUCAAUAAAGUUUUUAGACAAAACUUCUUGUGAGUAGUGUUUUAUUAUAUGCUUGGAGGGUAAGAUAACAAAGAAUAAAAUGGUUGUCAUCAGCAAAUACAUUCUGCAUUGAAAGUAGCAUUGAAGUAUAAAAGAACCAUUGAAGUAUAAAAGAAAACAACCAAACUGUUGCUAAAAUAUUAAAAAUACCUUGGGGUGCUGGAGAGAUGGCUCAGCAGUUAAGAGCACUUACUGCUGUUGCAGAGGACCCAGGGUUAUUCUCCAGCACCCAUAUUAGGCAGCUCACAGUGGGCUGUGACUCUAGUUCCAGGGAAGAAUCUGACACCAUCUUCUGUGGUCACCUGCAUUUAUGUGGUACACAUGAACUCAUGAACACACACACACACACACACACACACACACACACACACACACACACACACUUGCCCACUUGACACAUCUGAGAAAGGGAGAACCCCAAGUGAGGAAUUGCUUCCAUUGCAUUAGCCUAUGGAUAUGACUGUGGGAUAUCUUAAUUGUUAAUCGGUGUAGAAGGGUCCAGUCCACUGUAGGCCAUGUCAUCCCUGGGCAAGUGGUCCUCAAUUCUACAAGGAAGAUAGCUAAACAAGCAGGAGGGAGCAAGCCAGUAAACAGUGUUCCUCUGUCGAUUUCCGCUCUGAGCUUCUGCCUUGAGGCCCUUCCCUGACAUCCCUCAAUGACAGACUAUGACACGGAAAUAUAAGCCAAAGAGACCCUUUCCUCCCUGACGUUGGUUUGGUCAUUAUUGUAUCACAGCGACAGAAAGCAAACUAAGGCACUCAUACGACUCUAUAAUUAUUUUGUUACACCAUUCAAAAGAGACAGCCAGUGUACAGCUAGUAGGCAUUCAAUGUCUGGUAAACCA